AUGGCUUUACAAGACAAAGUCAUAGAGUUAGGCUACACAAUGAGUGAAUGUAAGGUAUAUAUUGUUGUGGGUGAAGGUUUAAUUGAGGUCAUUUUAGAUAGUGAAGCCUGGGAUUUAAUUGAUGUUAGUGAUAAGGAAAGGGAAGUAGAAGUGUGGAUCAACAUUGGAGGGUUAAAUUAUGAAGCUGAGACUGAUGUUGAAGUGGAAUUAGAGUGUGAUUAUGAAGCUGAAACUGAGGUUGAAGUGGGAGAAGAUUCUGAUUAUGAAGCUCAGGGUGAGGUUGAAGUUGAAGAAGAUCCUGACUAUGAAGAUGAUGAUGAAGAAGAAUUGCGUAGUCUAGGUGAGGAUGAUAUUCAUUUUGAAAAAGCAGUAGAUCCCACUGUAGAAUACCAUGGGAUAGGACCAACCACUACUCUGCAAGAUGUGAAAUCUGAAAAUGAUAAAAUGAAUGUCCAAGUGAACUAUUCUGAUGAUGAGACACCUCAUGGAAGUGAUGAGGAAGUAGAGGAUGACAUUUGGUCAAAGUUUAGAAGUUGUGACAUGGAGAACCCUACUCUCACUUGCAAGAAAAUUGGUUGUCCAUGGUCAAUAACCCUGAGAUGGAUUAAGGAUGUGAACUGCUGGAGGGUUACUUCAUUCAAUGACACUCAUGAUGGCUGCUCUUGGGUGUGGGAGAAUUCAUCUGUAAGGUCCAGCAGACUAGCUAAGAGGUGGAAAAAAGACAUAGGCAGUAAUUCAAGCUGGAGAGUCAGUGAGUUCAAGGAGAGAGUGGCUACUGAUGACCACUUCCAUAUCACCUCUAAGGUUGCUUAUAAGGCAAUGACAAUGGCUAGAGCUAUUAUUAAUGGUGAGCUUGAAGAUUAUUUCAAAAAGUUUUGGAGUUAUUACUUGGAGAUUGAAAGAUCAAAUCCAAGAUCUCGUUCAAUUGUGAAGAUGAGUGAGAGUGUAGAAGCAGGAGGAAAAUCAAGAUUUCUAAGAUGGUAUAUAUGUUGGGAGGCUUGUAUGAAGGGUUUCCUACAUUGCAGAAAGAUUAUAGGGAUUGAUGGUUGCCAUUUGAGAUCAAAGUAUGGUGGUUAUUUGUUGACUGCAACUGCCAUGGAUCCCAAUGAUGGGAUCUUCCCACUUGCCUAUGCAAUAGUUGAGGGUGAAAACAAGGAAUCAUGGACUUGGUUCUUAGCACUACUUAAGUUUGUGCAAUCUGGAUGA